CACGAUCUACGCUGUCGCAGUGGUGAUGAUGAAGGAUGUUGUCCAAGUUGUGGCGAUUCAUUCGGUUGCAGACUACCUGUCAGGCAGGACCUACCGCACGGUCUUCCUAAGCCAGGAAGUUGCUAUCGUGGACGACUCCUCGCAGCUGCUGGCAAAACGUGCAGCCCUGUUCUCUGUCAUGAAACUCGUCAAGGACGCCUGGUACACGCUGCAGCUGGGAGAGGGUGCCGAUUUGGCCGCUGGUCCCGACGUGGAGCGCUUCCCGCUGGUGAAGACAGGCCUGGUGGACGCCUCGCCAGCCAUCACGGAGCUCGUGUACGGCAAUGGCGCCUGCCUGCGAUCCGGGGACAACCUGCCCUGCCCGGGUCCCGACUACCGUUUCUACCACUUGACCCACUCCGGUCUUGAUAGCAUGAUGCAGCAGUUCCUUGUCAGUCUCUCUUACAUGGCCACCAACCAGAGCCUGACACCGGAGGGGCUGCAGGAUGAGCACUUUGACUUCAUCUACAGCGUCGGCUCCAAGGAUCUGCUGGAUGGGACUGUGAAGCUGGCGGAGGCACACUACCAAACCAUACUGGAGCGCUUUACGAACAUCAUGGUUCUCCACAUCGUGUUGUUCCUGAUGCUGUGGGUGGUGUUCAUCUGCUUCCUGGUCUUCCUGCUCAACCCACUUAUCAAGAGGACGACAAAGGAGCGGCGGCGCAUCGCUGAGUUGAUGAGCCAGCUGCCCCUGGAGCUGGAUGUGGAGAAGCUGGUGGCGAGGGCGCUGGGAACAGCAGCAGCCAACAAUGCAGCCAGCAGCGGUAACGCGGCGUCAGCGGGCGGGGGCCCGGCGAGCUACGUCGAUUUGGGCGAAGGAUCCCCUGAUCGCGGCGGGCAAGGCGCCUCCCAGCAGGCAACAAUGAAGUGGAAGGCAAUCAUCAGGGCCGCGAGUUCCCUGACGGGCAAAGCCCCUCCGGUCGGCAGUACGACAAAUCGGAGGUCCUCGCUGCUCGCCGCUGCUGUUUAGGGCUCGUACAUGUCAGCAGCCAGCAGCAGGGCAUGGAGGGACGGCUAGAGGGAAAGGCUAGCCGUGUGACAAGGCAUGCGGGCUGGGUGCUCCCCAGUGCUCCCCAGCCCGCACCCGGCCUGCCUACCCCGCCUCACCACCGCGUCCACUUGUUAUUAGGGUACUUGCAAAGCACAUGCGCAUUGCAGGACUGAAGCAAUACGUCAUGCUAUUGGCCAAAGGCCAUCCGAGGACGCUGCAUAUUUUUUCCCACGAACUGCUUGACGGUGGGUCUUGAAGAAGUCUGACUUGUUAUUUUCAGGGUGGCAUACAUUUAAUUUUUGUUGACUGAGGGGAGCGGAGGAGUUGUUGACGUGAGGGAGGGAGCAUGCAUGAAGCAAGGGGGCUUGCUCGUUAUCUGGGCGGCAUGAGGCCAGCGUGCGUGUAUAACUUUCGGAGCAGACCUUUAGUACGAGGUGCACCAUGUAUUCAUCACUGACAGUGAGCAAUUGGGACCCCGCACACAAUGCACAGAGUGGUCGCGUAAACCUGCAACACCCAGCGGUGCAGCAUGUUUGGUUGUCUGGCCGGAUUAUUCUUGGCAAGCUUGUGGCUGGCUGGCUGGGCGCUGAUUCCGUCUGCCUAGAGCAUACUACGCUUUACAAUCAUUGGUUUAAUGCUCCCAGCUUAUGUGUGGAGCGGGAGUGGAGCAUCACUAACUUGCCCUGGUCUCUCUGCAUUUGUCGUACAUAUACUUUUUCGUAAAUGCCCGGGGUCUAAAGGGUCUUCAUGCCCGCAGUCCCCGCCAUUCUGCUCUUUGCGUGGGUGUUUUGGCCGACAAGUUAGACACGGGUUUCAGUUGGGGCAUAGCUGGUCCACAUGCGGUGAUUGAAACGGAUACGCCUCCGGGAAGUAAUUCAGACAUUACAUUGUCAAUUGUGAAGGGUGAAUACCUGUGAUGUAACUUCGUAAAGCCACGUUUUUUGGUAAUGAUCCUGGCAGCAAUCGGUGCCCACAACACACAGGGA